AUGACAUGUCUCUUACCUUAUGGGGUUGCUGAGUAUCAAAAACUUAUUACCCGGAAUCCUACUUUUUUAGAACGAGUUGAAGGUGUAGGCAUUAUUGGGAGAGACGAGGCAGUAAAUUGGGGUUUAUCGGGACCAAUGCUACGAGCUUCCGGAAUAGAAUGGGAUCUUCGUAAAGUUGAUCAUUAUGAGUCUUACGACAAAUUUGAUUGGCAGGUUCAAUGGCAACGAGAAGGGGAUUCAUUAGAUCGUUAUUUAGUACGAAUCGGUGAAAUGACAGAAUCCAUAAAGAUUAUUCAACAAGAUCUGGAAGGAAUUCCAGGAGGGCCUUACGAAAAUUUAGAAAUGCAACGUUUUGACAGAUUAAAAGAUCCUGAAUGGAAUGAUUUUGAAUAUCGGUUUAUUAGUAAAAAGCCUUCUCCAACUUUUGAAUUGUCGAAACAAGAACUUUAUGUGAGAGUUGAAGCCCCAAAAGGAGAAUUGGGGAUUUUUUUGAUAGGCGACCAGAGCGUUAGGUUGCUAGGAGCUUAG